ACACCAGAACACUAUGUCGGAUCAACCAUACGUACCCAGGCAAAAACAUCCUCGCUCUCGCUCACUUGAUUCUUAUGGGAGGCGGACAAGUAAAGGCUCAAGGGAGCAGAGGGCAGAUAGAAGCACCCAGAACAGAGACAGGAAAGAUAGCUGGACAGAAGCCAGGACAGAGAUCGAGACCGCGGAAGCUUUCGUC